CUGGCUUCAGCUAAAAGGUAGAAGAGAUUCUAAGAAUGAAGAGCUUUUUGCUGAUAUUGGCUCUGCAUGCUUCUAUCUCCUAUAAUCUCCCAGUAAACCAUGGCACAACUCUUGAAAAGAAUCUCCUGGUUGCAGAGCCUUACCUGGAAAAAUUUUAUGGCCUUAAAAUGAAAGAAUUGCCUUUGAAUAAAAUAAAAGGCAAUGACCCUGUAGUGGAGAAGAUUGAGGAAAUGCAGGAGUUCUUUGGGUUGGAGGUGACAGGCACACUGGAUUCUGCAACUUUGGAGAUGAUGCAAAAACCCCGAUGUGGAGUUCCUGAUGUACAUGAUUUUAAUGUAUUUCCACGUCAACCAACAUGGAAGAAAUAUGACCUUACCUACAGAAUAAUGAACUAUACCCCUGACAUGACCAGAGCUGAUGUGGACUAUGCUAUUGAGAAAGCUUUUAAAGUAUGGAGCAAUGUAACCCCUCUAACGUUCAGAAGAAUUUACAUGGGAGAAGCGGAUAUAAUGAUAUCUUUUGCAUCUGGAGUUCAUGGUGACUUUUAUCCUUUUGAUGGCCGCCAUGGCACCUUGGCUCAUGCCUAUGCUCCUGGCCCUGGGAUUGGAGGAGAUGCUCAUUUUGAUGAGGAUGAAGGCUGGACAGCAGACAUAAGAGGAUACAACUUGUUCCUCGUUGCUGCUCAUGAAUUUGGCCAUUCACUGGGUCUCGAUCAUUCUAGAGAUCCACAAGCUUUAAUGUAUCCCAACUACAAGGCUGUUGACCCUAGCCGAUUCCGCCUUUCUCAGGAUGAUGUCAAAGGCAUUCAGACCCUCUAUGGAGGUCCAGUGAAUCGUCCUUCUAAGUCACCAGAAUUGCCCUCCAAACCCACCACGAAGCCAAACGUCUGCAGUUCUUCCAUGACAUUUGAUGCUAUUACUACACUCCGCGGAGAAAUAAUUUUCUUUAAAGACAGGUUCUUAAUGCGGAAACAGCUCCAGAACCCCAAAGUGAGCGUUGAUUUGCUUUCCUUAUUCUGGCCAUCUCUACCAUCUGGCAUUCAGGCUGCCUAUGAAGUUGAAUCUAAGGAUCAAGUUUUUCUUUUUAAAGACAGCAAGUACUGGGCAGUCAGUGGAACGAACCUUCUAACAGGAUAUCCCAAGAACAUCCAAUCUCUGGGCUUCCCAAGCUAUGUGAAAAAAAUGGAUGCAGCUGUUCAUAACCCCGUUACUGGAAAAACCUAUUUCUUCGUAGGAAAUAAUUACUGGAGAUAUGACGAGAGGAGUCAAUCAAUGGACAAGAAUUAUCCUAGACAGAUUGCUAAAGCAUUUCUAGGAGUUGGACCUAAAGUGGAAGCUGCCUUUUACUACAACAGACAUUACUACUUUUUCCAAGGAGCCAAGCAACUUGAAUAUGACACCUUUUCGAACCGUGUUACCCAAGUUCUGAAUAGCAACAGCUGGUUUGGUUGUUAGAAACAGAGCCCAUGGGCUGAUGGCCUGAUCCAAUUAAUUUAUUUCAUUAAUUUAUUGAACAAAAAAUCUUUGCCCAAAAUCGUGCUAUUUUGAUAGACCCAUGAUUUAUUUCAUCUAUAUAUGGGAUGACAGGAACAGUGCUACAUCUACCAAUACAUCUGAUAAGAUUCUUGUCCUUUUCAUGAUGUAAAAUGUAGUCUACAUUCAAAACAUAGACAUAUUUAUAUAUUAUUAGCUAAUAUCCAACCAACCUGAUGAAUAAAAAACGGAGAUCUUUUUAAAAAAGUUGACUUAGAAAAUAACAAAUGGAAGCCUAUUUUUUUUGGUACUUUGCACUUUCAAUAAGCCUCUAUAACAUAAUAGAAUAGAAUUUUCUUGGGUUCCAUGUUUUUACCCUUUUGUAUUUGUCACUUAACCAUUUUGAGAGGAGAAACCCCUGCAGGCCAGGAGAAACUCCAACCUGCCACUAUAGGCUAUUUUCUGGAACUGUGAUUUUUUUUUUUUAGUGUAGAGAGUUCCCAGUAUGGAAAUUCCCUCCCCUAAUACAGACCCCCUUUCUUAUAAUUUAUAUUCAUAGAAAGUUGUAUGGAGGCACUGAGAGGUUAAGUAAUUUGUCCAAGGUCACAGAGUCAGUAAGUGUCGUAGAUAGACCUUGAACUUGGGUCUUCUUAAUUCCAAGGCAAGCCUUUUCCCCUUAAAUACAACCAUUCUACCUUUAACCUCAGACAUGAAUUAUUUAUAUGAAAAUUCAAACUUAUUUAUAGUUGAAUCAAGUGCAUACUUUGAAAGUAAGGACAAAAGAAAUCCAGACUUUCUCUUCAAGGUCAAAAUGUCACCUUGAAUGUGUAAUUAAAGUGAAAAAAAAUCUAAGAGUGUAAUUUAACUAUGUAACUUAUUGCUCAUUAUAACAUCUACAAUACUUCCUUAAUUAUCUUUAUUGUGAAAUACCUAUAAUCCUUUCUUAAUUAUUUUUG